UGCCGCCAUUUAAUGUUCACUAUAAUAGUGGUGGAAUUAAGACCUGUGUUUUCCAUCGCACCAUUUCAGCACAGAGUAGCCUACAAGAAAGGGGGAAAAAAAUCUGAUCUCAUACAUUUGCUUCUUCCCGAUUAUUGUAUUUGCAAGGACAUUUUGUUUUGUUUGUUUUGAAACCAUGACAACCACUCAAGAAGCCAUGUAGUUACCAAUGUCACAUUAGCCAGGAAAAAAAAGAAUGGCCGACGAUUGUAACGCUAUUUUCUCGAGGGGACAUACAGGAAACACUCCAGUCUAUCCUUGGUAUAAACAAAGGCUGUUCAGUCUCAGGGAUCCCCAAAGAAAGCAGAAAUUAUCUGGGGCUCUACAUGGUCAUCGGUGGCGUUUUUUAAACUCUGAGCUUGAUGAUUUCAGAGAUGGAUAUCCUUUAGAUGCUGGCCAAGAGAUUUUUGUUUCAAGCCAAUGUAAUACAUCCCCUGUAGUUUUUGGAAAGAGUGGAGGACCAUGUUCUCCAGCAAAGGUGAAGAGGAAUCCUUUCACAAAAGAGCAGGUUUGUUUCUCCAAGGAGAACCCACUGAAGCAGAUGCGCCAUGAGCACGUGGAAGCUGUAGAGGACCAGCUGACCCAGCACCCCCUUGCUCUCUAUCCCCACCUGGAGAGUGGUAUGGCCCCUGAGUUAUUUGAUGAAGUGCUUUCCGUACUGGACCCUGACAUGUACACAAAGAAGAGGUCAGCAAUGAGAUGGGAGGCACAGGAGCACACAGACAUCUGUGACUCAGAGAGGACUCAAGUUGAAGAGGAGGAGGGAUUGAAAUUACCUGGGAAUGAAAUGCCACAGGAACCCAAUCAAUGGAACCCUUAUGAAUUAAAAGACACAAAGACGUCUGGGGAGAUAGAGGACCAAGUAGUCAGUGUUAAAGGUCUACGUUCACCAUCUGAAGAUGAGGACAUCAAAAAAGUGACCAAGCUCUUCUGUGACUGGGUUGUGUCCCUUGGUGGCGACACAAACAACCUGACAGAAUCUACUGUGUUAGGACUAUUUGUCAGUGGCUAUGAGAAAAAACCUUCUCUAAUCUUCCCUAUUGAAGUGGUUAAAUCCAGCAACAUACCAGAGGAGUUACGGAGUUCAGCAGUGGAACAGGGCAGAGACCUUUCAAGUGACACCCUCUUAAAAGACUCUGACCUACAUGAGUUUCCAACUGGAAGUAAGAAGACCAAGUAUGGUGCCUGGUACCUUGAUCCUAAACUAUGGAAGAAGAGGCCCUCUGAUGAGCCGUUGACAGACCCUUUUGCACUAGAGGAGGACAUCUUGUUCACUGAGGAGCCCAGUGCAGUUGAUGACGAGAUCAAAGAGCUUCAUGGAACACAGGCACUGGAGCAGUUUAUUGCCAGCAGGGGUCUCAGAGUACCAAGGUUCCUCAAAGCACUAAUCUCAGAGGAGGACAGAGAGGGUAAGGGCAGAGGAACAGAUGCAACUGGAUCCAUGUCAAUGCAUUGAGGAGCAGUCGUCCAUCCAGUAUGAUCUCCAAUAAGAUGGCAAGGACAUGGGAACAUAUGACUGAGUUACUUUCAUCCCGAAGAGACUGAAAUAAAAUAUGAUCACAGAAUGUU